AUGAUCGCUGCCGUAUCGGGCCUACCUUUGCGGGAAUAUGACAUUCAAUGCGCACUUUUCUUCAUUUGUUCUGCAUGUUUCUUUCGGCGCGCUAACGUGUCGCCCUUUCUUUCCUCUUGUGUCCGUAACGAGAGUAGCAAUGCGCAAAAAUAUAACUAUCCGGAACCUCAGUAUCCCCCUCUGUCGACCACUGGUCCUUCUCCAACUUAUCUCCAAAGCGGGCCCGAGCAGGCUCCGCCUCAUGACAACGAAUUUUCUGCACAGGAUACAUCACACCCUUCGGAGGCAUCGAGGGAGCCCUCUGACAUGCUGAGUCCUCCAGCAGGUCAGCAACGUGCCCCUUCGCCUGCCCGCAGGUCUCUUUUCGAAUUUGUUUCUCCUUUUGAUGCGUUGGCGAACACAUCUGGGUCGAUCAAGCGUAAGCCCCCGCCCCAGCAACAGCCUGUUGUAUCAGGUAAUAUUGAAGAGCCGACGUGGCCAUCUAUUGGUAUCGACCCCAAACGAAAAUCUGUAGAAAACUUGAUGGAGCAGUUGACGAGAGGGCAGGCUUCCCUCUCUGGCUCAGUGCCAUCGUCAAGUUCUCCCUAUGAUCCCUAUGCUCCUAGCGAGGAGAUUUCACCCCAGGCUGAGCCUGUACAGAUGCGAGCGUCUCGACCUCUCCCUCCACAGCCUGUUCACGCCCCUUCACCUCCCCGAGCAUCUCCAAAGUCUCAGAGUAAUCUUGUACCCCGUCCACUGCGCGACUCUCCUGUAGGACCUGCCAUUUAUGGGCCGUCAACCGGAAGGGAUAAGGAAGUCUCGCCCGUUCGUGGGUCGGGAUUUCGGAAUCCUGGACAGGAGAACAGAGGUAGAGGUCCCAAAGGAAAGAAUAGCAGCCCGAGCUCUCAGCCUCAGAGUAUCGUGUUCGAUGUUUCUCAACACCUCAAAGAGAUAUCAGCUUCUCGCGAAGCUGUCAAGACAACCGCGAUAGCGCUCGUCAAGGUGGAUUCUGCGUUCUUGCCGGGUACGACGAUUGGAGCGACGCAUUGGGUUGCAUAUGCCAUGACGAAAGGCCGUGUUCGUGUGAUUUCGCGAUCCAGUGGCGAUCGUACUCUCCUGCAGUUGCCUCCUCUCUUCACUUCAGGUGCUGCAGUCAGCGAUAUGUCUGUUCACAGCAACCGACUCGCAGGGGUGACCUCUGAUGGUGGGUUUGUCGUGUGGGAGUUGCCAGAGAUCAUCACAGACGAUGUGCCAGGAAAAAUUAUGUUAUGCGUUGAGCCCUCGAGAGAUACAGAACCUCUGCAGGCGGUGAAGUGGCACCCUCAGCAACCAGAUCUGGUUGCCGUGGCGUCGGCCACGAAUGUGUACUUGAUCAAUAUUGAAGAUGCAUUGCAUGUCUUUGGUGGCGAGCCCAUUAGGCAAAGUGAUUUGCAUCGCGUUGCUCUGAUCUUCUCCGUGCCUUCACCGAUUGUUGCAUUGGACUUUGAUGUUCCUCGCUUCGCAAUUGCUACGAUCUCUGAGGACUCUACCCUAACGAUGUGGCACAUCAGCGAUAAGGUCCCGUUCUGGUCGCACAAGAUUCGUGGCGAUGAAACCCCUUCCUCAUUGACGUUUGUCGAAGGCGGUGUUGUUGUGGGUCGUAAGAAUGGUACUAUUUUCCAGCUGUUACCAGUGAUGGGAAGGUAUAUUCAGUCUACUGUCAAAUUCGUCAACGGCCAGCAAGAAGAUCCGGAUAUGUUCGGCCACGUUAACUAUGACUCACGAAUCCAUACCCUUUGGAUUGCCAACAAUCGUAGAGACAGCCUGAUUGCGCUCAAGAUUAAUUUCGAUUCAUCUUCGCCAUCUCCCGGAGGUGAGGAUGUUGGACGAGGCGCAUACUUUGACCAAGUGCUGGAGUUCCUGGGGCCUAAACCGACUAUUCACUUCGUGAUUUUAACUGCGGACGCGGAUCCCACAGGCGAGGAGGCUAAUGCUGCCUGUGUGGCGGCGAAAGUUCCCCCCGGUGACCUGGCUCUGGUCGCUUUCUCUGUACAUUCUACCGGCGUUGAUCAAGUGCUCAUACGAAGGGAAUGGUUCGACUCUGCUCUAGUUUCUGCGCCCGCCAGAUUCCCGGAUUAUCUAUCGUCACCGCAGGCAACAUUGUCGAAUGAUUCUAAGCCUACUAGGCAGCAGCUGCCCCCCGUCAUCACAAGUGGGCCUGUCAAUCAACCCUCUCAGCCACCCUUGACCGUAGCGGGUCCACCUAGGGCAAAGACGCCCCCGUCUGAAGAGGUCGACACCGAGCACGUCAGAGACGAAAGCGGUCGUGUUCAGGAGUCGAGGGGUAGGAAUGUUAAGAGUAAGGUCGGAUGGAAGGAGAAAGACAAAGAGGAUAAUAAGGAGAAGGAGAAGGACGGCAGAGGUCGCGGUGGCGAUGCCACAGUCAUCAACGAGUCGCCCCUUGGAGUCGCACUGUCCAAAGAAAUCAGAAAGGUGGAGGAGAAUAUCCACACUCGCAUUGGACGCUUGAUUGGUAAAGAACUGGACAAACAACAUCAACGAUUGGAGGAAGCUCGCGCUAAUGAGCAGGCAGCCGACUUCCUUCGCCAAGAGAAGAUUCUGAAGCUGAUCUCGACGGAGUUGACCAAGAACACUACCCGUGUGGUCGAAAUGGCGGUGAAGACGGAAGUACAGAGUUCGGUUUUACCGUCUCUUGAGAACAUCACCAAGACCGAAGUGAAGUCGGCACUCAACAACCAAAUCUCAAAGGGCCUUUCGGAGUCGAUGAAGCAGAAUCUUCCCAACGAAAUUGAGAGGAUGCUGCUCCGGCCUGACGUCUCUUCCCAUAUUGCUCGUAGCGUAACCGGAGCUGUGACGCCCGUCAUCGAGAAACACGUCAAGGAUGCAAUUACGAAGACUCUCAUACCCGCAUAUACACAGCAAUCGUCGGCAAUGCAUCAAGAGCUGUCUCGCGAAAUCCGCUCCGAGAUUUUGAGCCUCAAGAAAGAAGUUAUCACCUGGCAGACUGAAGCUCUCCGAGGCCAAGAGUCUUUAAUACGCGAGCUUGAAUCAGCGGUUCGUUUGUUGUCUGAUCAAGUUAAAUUCCUUACUAUGAACGCCUCGGCCGUGCCGCCAUCGAUCCAAACGCGCAACUCGCCUGGUGCGCCCAGCAACGGGCAGCAUUCCCAGGGGAGUCUGUCGCAGCUGAUGCGCCAGCAAACACUACCUCCCGUCACGCAACCUCAACCCUACGCCUCACAGCCGCAUUCGACAUAUCAGCAGCAACCGCAGCCGCCUGCUAUGCAUGCGGGCUGGUUCAACGCAAAUAUUGCUGCUCCUCAGGCAUCGCAUCCAGCCGUACCUCCUCCACUACCACAACCGCCGGUGGUGCGCUCCAGCCCAGCCCAGUCUGAGGAAUGGGAUGACACCUAUCUAGCCGUGCUUGGCACGCAAGAUAUUAGACAACUUAGAGAAUUGCUUGCUCGUUCAAAGCCAGAUGUGAUCAUGCCCCUGAACGGUCCUACCUUACUUUCUCAAGCCGUUGUUCUGACACUCGUACAUAGGCUUUCGUCCGUAGUGGGCGAAACAUCGCCUCUCGACGACUCAUUUAAGUUGUCCAUGUGGUGGUUGCAGCGGGCUGCUUCCACACUCAACACACAGGAUCCGCUUAUUGCGCCUUACAUCUCCCGAGUCCUGCCCAGCGUUCUGCAAAUGUUGAACACAACCAAGCAGCGUCUCAUUAUCUUGCCCGGCACGCCAAUUGAGGCAUCCCGCGCGAUUACUGACAUUCAAGACAUCCUCAGUCGCAAGCCGAUAUAG